AUGGCCAUCACACCUACUCAGUUUGCCAAGAAGACGACGCAGUCCGCCAACUGGACGGAAGCAAAGCGUCGAGUUAUUUCUUCUUACCGCGAAUGGAUUCGAUCCGCCCCUGAGAUGCAGACAAUGUACAACAUCCCCAUGCCCGUGUCGGUGAUUCGCACCCGGAUACGCCAGGAAUUCGAGCGCCACCGCUACGUCAACAAGCUCUCCGUCGCAGAUGUCCUUCUGUACAAGUCGCACGCCGAAUACCAGGAGACUAUGAACUUUUGGAAGCAGACGACGCACAUCAUGUCGUAUUUCAAGGACGAGAACUUCCGAGGAGACAAGAGGCUGCCGUCGAACUUCAUGUCGGGCUUCCUCCAGGUGAGUAGCAUAUGA